AUGCUGACUGAUGAUGAUGAUUGUGAUGAUGAUGUUUCGGAUGAUGAUGAUGAUGAUGAUGAUCUCGGAGUGAUGAUGAUGAUGAUGAUGAUGAUGAUGAUGAUGAUGAUGAUGAUGAUGAUGAUGAUGAUGAUGAUGAUGAUGAUGAUGAUGAUGAUGAUGAUGAUGAUGAUGAUGAUGAUGAUUGAUGAUGAUGAUGAUGAUGAUGAUGAUGAUGAUGAUGAUGAUGAUGAUGAUGAUGAUGGUAAUAAUGCUUUUUCUCCACAGAUGAUCCAAAUGCGUAAAGUUCCAUUCAUCUUUUCCUCUGUAUCACAUACACACACACACACACGGCUGAACAAACAGAGGCAAGUUCGACACUUCAAUCAGACAAAACAAAUCAGUUCGUCCGACCAAGUUAGCAAAGAAUACCAACCACCACCACCACCAUUCACGUGCACUGGUCCAUCCAAUCAUAGCAAAUUAGUCCAUCUGAUAAGGACCAAAUGA